AUGAAAGUAAUACUAUGAAUAAUGAACCACAAAUACAAGUUGCAUCAUCAAAAAAACGAAAACAUCAUCAUCAUCGUAGUAAUAAACGAUAUAAAAAUCAAGAAACAACUUCAGGUACAUAUCCAUUCUAUAUGUCUGACUCAUUAUUUAAUUUUUAUUAUCCAGUUCAAAAUCUAGAUUCUCCGACUAGUGUAAUUUUGGAUGAUGAUGACGAUGAUGAAUUACAAAUAAAUAAUUCAAAUCAAGAACAAUCACAAGAAGAAAAUCAUCAAUGA